UGCUGGGUGACUUAAUUGUGUAACGCUCAUUGACGAGUCAGCACAAUGCUGCUGAGACCGCGAAGGCGCAGAGCGAUGCAAUGCUCCCAUCGAGGAGAACACAGAUGGACAGCCUAGUUCAGCCGCUCGUCGCCCAGUACCUCGCAAUGGGCUGUCAAUCAAAGGAAAACAACCAAAACGAAAGUGUAACGUCGGACGAAAAGGGAAAGGACGAUGCGAGAGUGUCUCCAGGAUGCAGCUCCAGGUCUAGAGUUUCUCCUCCAGGCCGCCCUCAGAGGUUCCACAAACCCAGCCCGGCCCAAACCACCCCAGGGAAAUCCAUGAUGUCCCUGGGUUCCCUGACCAAAGGGGGGAGCUGGGAGGACCUCAUUCAGGCCUGUCUGCAGUCCUUUGACUCUGAUGGUGGUGUGUGUGGAAGCAGCCACGUGUUGAACAUCACCCUGACCAUGCACCGCAUCCACAUCUCCUCCUGGGAUCUGCUGGACAAACUCACCACUCUAUUCAAAAUAGCGCUGGACAAUGAGCAGCCAACAGAGUGCCAGAGGAUAUGCUACCUCAUCAGGCAUUGGAUCCAGGAAUUCUGGAUGAUGUUCCGGUUGCACCACAGCUUGUCAGACAGCCUGGACCAGUUUCGGGAGCUGAUCAGAGAGCAGGGACAGGAGCAUCUUUGCUCUCUCCUCGAUACCAAAUGGAUAAAUGAACGGGACUGGUCGUGGAAGGCCAGCCAGAAGAUCAAAGCUAACAGCAGUAAAAAAAGGAAGGUCUCUCUUCUUUUUGAUCACCUGGAGCCCAUUGAGCUGGCUGAGCAUCUCACCUUCCUGGAAUUCAAGUCCUUCUGCAGGAUAUCAGUGAGUAUACACACUAAAAUACUGUUUGAGUGUAUAUGCUUCAUCAUGUUCACGUUGAUUUGUUUAUUUGACAUGCAUCUCUGUGCACUGAAAACCAGUAGGUAUUUCCUCUUGACGGGAAAUGUCUUCCAGUUUCCGUGCAGCAGUUUAUGCUCCUCUCUCUGUCAGUUUGUAGACUUUCAGAAUUACAUUAGAAGCUGCUGCAUGAAGGACAUCCCCAUGAUGGAGCGUUCCAUCGCCCUGUGUAAUGGUAUCUCCCAAUGGGUCCAGCUGAUGGUGCUGAGCAGGCCGACAGCUCAGCUGAGAGCUGAGGUUUUCACCAAGUUUAUCCACGUGGCAAAGAAUCUACAUCUCAUGCACAAUUUCAACACGCUAAUGGCGGUGGUGGGAGGGCUUUGUCACAGCUCGAUCUCCAGACUGAAGGACACCACCUCGCAUGUAUCCAACGAGGUCACCAAGAUACUGAACGAGAUGACAGACCUGCUGUCCUCAUGCAGAAACUAUGACAACUACAGACAAGCUUACAGCAAGUGUACAGGUUUUAAAAUCCCUAUUCUGGGCGUUCACCUCAAAGAUCUGAUUUCGGUUAACGAGGCCAUGUCUGACUAUGUGGAGGACAACAAGGUGAACGUUCAGAAGCUCCAGGCACUCUACAGCCACAUUAAUGAGUUGAUCCAGCUCCAGCAAAUCCCUCCGAUGCUGGACGCAAACAUGGACCUGGUCCAUCUGUUGACGCUGUCCUUGGAUCUUUACUACACUGAGGAUGAGAUAUAUGAACUGUCUUACACCAGAGAACCCAAGAACUGUAAAGCACCGCCAGCCACCCCCUCUAGACCUUCAGUGGUUGUGGACUGGGCACCAGGAGUAGUUCCCAAACCCGAUCCCCGAACCAUCAGCAAACAUGUGCAGAGAAUGGUGGAUUCCGUGUUUAAGAACUACGAUCACGAUGAGAACGGCUUCAUCUCUCAAGAGGAAUUUGAGAAAAUUGCAGCUAGCUUUCCGUUUUCCUUCUGUGUCAUUGACAAAGAGAAGGAAGGCCUCAUCAGCAGAGAGGAGAUCACAGCCUAUUUCAUGCGGGCAAGUGUCAUCUGCUCAAAACUGGGUCUUGGCUUUGUCCACAACUUCCAGGAGACCACUUACAUGAAACCAACCUUCUGUGACAACUGCUCAGGAUUUCUGUGGGGUGUCAUCAAGCAAGGCUACAGAUGCAGAGACUGUGGGAUGAACUGCCACAAGCUGUGCAAGGAGCAGGUGGCGUUUGAGUGCAAGAAGAACGCCAAAGUCACCAACGCCACCGACAGUCCGACACUGAGCUCCAGCUUUGUCACCAUGGGCACCUCAGAGGGUUCAGAAGAAUGUCCUUUCCCCUACCCGCCAGAUGACCGCAAAGACUGGAGCCCAGACUCCCCAGUCACCUAUUCGAGGCCUCAGAAGGUCCAUAGCGCCACCCAGACAGAGGGACUCCAAAUGCCUUCUGCAGACCAAGAUGUCAGCCGCCUUCAGCCUUCUCCACUGUUCCCAACACCACCACCCCUCACCUCAUGUCCCAGCCCGGUGCCCCAGAGAAAACAGCGACACUGUGCCAAGUGGGAAAACAGAUCGUCGUUGGAGCAACAGCUUAGAGAGCCAGAUGAGGAGAAUAAACCCACCUAUGAAUCUCUGGAAUCGGACAAUCAGAGGAUGCAGAAUGCCAAUGGGACACUACGUAGGAAGCUGAAGGAGGCAGAGCGGGAGGUGGAGAUACUAAAGACACUGCUCAAGAGGCAUGCCCUCCACCCUGUUGAGGAGGACUCCUCCUCCUAGACACACACUUACUCUGGACCUCCUCAAGGGAGACUGCUGCUGCCCCCCUAUGGCAGCAUGGACACAUCUGGAUCCAAUAAGUUAUUGUUCAUGAACUGUGCAAGUAUUUUACCAGUCUGACCCAAUCAAUUUGGCGUUAGGUGGUGUAAAGCAGGUUAUGAUGCAAAUAGCUAGUCACAGCGUUUUAAUGCACAUGGUAUACAGUCAAACAAACAAAAAAGCCAAUCAUUAUGUCACCAAUAACGAAGUAAAGAACCUUUUUCGAGGAGUAUCGAUUUUUUGGAACUAGAUAGAGUACAUAGUGCCAAAAAUACCGUCACAAUACUGUAGUGUUAUAUUUAAAGAAGUUUAAAGUGAGCCGAAGGAGCCCCUUUACUGUAAUGUACAGUUUACAGAAGAAGGAACAUCGUUGCAAUGAGUAUUACUCACUUUUUUUAGUGAUCCAUUAAGAGCUGGAAAGGAUUUCCCUAUGUUUAAGGUAAACAGAAAAGCAUAUUAAAUAAAGGAUUUAACCCUUGUGUUGCCUUCGGGUCAAUUUGACCCGAUUCAAUGUUUAAUGUCGGUAUUCUUUCGGGAGUCAACAAACAAACAUAAAGUACCUCACACUUAAACUUGUAAAACAAUAUUAAUUCUAAUAAUUUUCUGGAGAUUUUAAUAGCUGGUGUCAUAUUGACCUCAAGGGUAAAAUAUGUUCGUAAAUAUAAAGGUAACAGGAGGGUUAAACAUUGAAUCGGGUCAUAUUGACCCGAAGGCGACAGGAGGGUGAAACAUUGAAUCGGGUCAAAUUGACCCGAAGGCAACACAAGGGUUAAGAGUAAAAAUAGGGAAAAAUUAGUUUGCUCUGUUCUUGAUCAAUAAUGCGACUAGAUAUUUAUGUUAAACAUAAAAUGGAAACUAGAGGAAAACAAGACAUUUAUUGUGAUUACACAGGUGCAACAUUAGGGCCCACUGAUUAUAGCAGCAGAAUGAAGGUUUGUGGCAUCUGAUGUACAGAACUGUUAUUGCUCUGCAUCGUUGACCCUGUUCCUAUCCAUGCACAAGAUGUUGUCAGUGCUUCUGUUGAUAUUUAUUGUUUCAAACACUACACAGGUCAUGUAGGGAGUCACAGAAAAGAACAUUUUGAAAAGCAUACUGGUACUUUCAGUGAAUUAUUUAUGCUUGUGUGUGUUACUUAGCAUCAUAUUGAUUGACAUUUAUUUUCAUUGUGCAGCCAUGUCACCUUAUUUUUGUGUGGCCGGUUGUGGGAGUGUUGUACUGUGAGUCAAGCUACAUGUGUUUGUGUUGUGUGUAAUGCACUGUAAAUACAAAGUAUACUAAGUGCCAUCUUAAUUAAGUCGAGGCUCAUCCUUUUGCUCAGUAUUGUUCUCUUAUUGUGACAAUAAAUACUGUUUUGUAUAUAAAAUAAUGGCUUGUGUUACUCAGUUUGACCACUGGGGGCCACUAAAGCCUCAUACUGUUUCUUCAGGGUCUCGCUAAUGAUUAUUGACUGAAUGUGUUUUCAGACUCUGGACUUGUUCUAUAAAUGUUGCACUCUAAUCAAAGUGUUUUACCUUUGGCAUUUAUCAAAUUAAAGAGCAAAAAAGGGAG